GCGAACCCAUCACGAACUUCCUCGUCAGGGAGACGCUUGGCUUUGAGGAGUUCAACGAGGCUCUGGUUCGCCUACGAGAGGAACGGCAAGGGCUAACGAUUGAUAAGCAGCUGUUCGGGUUGGAGACUUUGUUGCGUAAGGAGGAGGUAGUGACUGAGCGCGAGAGAUGGAGUGAUGAGUCCUGGUCCGGAUGGCGUCGGGGCUGGUGGGAUGAAGAGGACUGGGCCGAGGAGCCGGCUCCCGAGGACCAGAGCGCCGGCGCCGAUCAGGAUGCAGAGGUCGCGGCUGAGGAUGUACCCGUGGAUGGUGGAGGCCGCUCGCCGACCAGAGCGCCGCCUGAGGAUCAGGGCGGUGAAGGACAGACUCCACCAGAGGGGGCGCAGACGGAGGAUGAGACCUUCGAUUCCUUCAUCUUGGAUGUGCUUCGAGGGUGGCGCUUGCUGCAGGCUGCUAGCCUGACCUUGGAGGAGCGCCGCGACGUCCUCACGGCCACUUCGAAUCGAUUGGACUUUGAGUCUGUGUCGAAUGCGCUUCAGGUCCUGUGGGAUGAGCAGCUAUCAGGAGUCCGGCGUCACGGUCAUGGUUCCCAUCUAUAUCAAGGUGCCCAGGUGUUGGACGAGCAGGCCCAGUACGACCCACAAUGGGAGGAGCAGGGCUGGGAAGAAGAAUCCUGGCCCGAAGGACACUGGGAAGAUGCCCAGUAUCAUGGCGAGAGCCCAGAAGCCUGGGCUGAAGAGUGGGAACAGGUGCCUUCCAAUGCCAACCCGGACGUCCUUACGAAUGCGGAGUUGGACGAUCCCACUGUCAGAGAUGCCUUGCAGGCGGAGAGAGCAGCUGAGGCGAUGGCCGCCGAUGCGGCAUUGACUUGGAAGCGAGCCCAGCAAGCAACCGCAGCGGUGCGCAAGGACCGAGGAUUCGGAGCAUCGGAGGCCUUUCGUCUGGCCCAGAAGGGCGAUCAAUGCCACAAGUGUGGCAGCUACGGCCAUUUCGCUCGUGAUUGCAAGGGCUCCGGUGCAAAAGGACGUCCUAAAGGAGCUCUUUCCAUGGAGUAUGACUACGGCACCUACGACCACAUGUACUACAUUGGCGGAAAGGGCAAGAAGAAGGGCAAGACCAAGGGCCACUUUGGGCUCGGCAAGGGUCCCAUGCACAAGGGCAAGAUCGGCAAGCAACCCCGGAUGUUCCCCGGUGUGAAUGCCUACGGGUUGGAGAUGCUUGGCACCGAAGGUGAUCUCAGCUUGGGCUGUUACGCGUCCCAAGAGAAGGAUGCGUAUGGCUCUGGGGCUUGGGGUCGUGCUCAGUAUCAUGUGACCUUGUCGUCCAAAGUUAGCGGCUAUGAGAAGCAGUUUGGUAUGAGUCACAUUGGUCCCGAGGGCGCUGGCAUGAUCAUUGACUUUAAUGACGGUCACUACAUCCUGGACGUGGCCGCCUACCUCACUGGAGGCCAGACUUGCAAGACAGGGACGCAGUGGCCUUGCUUCGGAGAACAUCCGGAGCUUACUGUGGGGAACAACAAGUACGCCCAAUGGAAACAUUGCGCCACAUGCUGCUACAGGGUGUCUUAUGUUCCACGAGAAGGCGCCCCAGGAUCCGACAGCAAGACCGAGAACUUCCCAACGAUUCGGAAGGCCCUCGCGCAGCUCCACGAGGACAUCGGGGAUGUGCAGCCGGAGGGGGAGAUGGUCAAGGUGGCAAUCGAUCUGGAGUAUGCCCGCAACCGCUACCAUCAGCUGAUUCAGAAGUUCGAUCGCCGCAGGGCACCAGCAACGAGAGGACCCACGACGACAAAGGCCACUUUGGGACCAUCGGCGGCAAAGCCAUCGACUACUCCGACCUUGAAGAGUGGGUACAAGGAGACGGAAUUGCGCGAGGACGGUGCGAUGAUCAAUCCGAACCUGGUGGACAUGGAGGACGGACCACCCGGGCCGACUUUUCCCAAGCGAGUGGCCGCCGGGGUGAUGGCGAUGGUGGCUGUGCUCACGAAUGUCUACCGCGGCGAGCUGCAGGCCCUCACCACUCAGCGUCAUCAGUGCAGCAUCUGGGAGAUUGGUUGUGGCCCAACUUCGAUGUUGACGACGGCGUGCCAACAUGUGGGCCUAGGAGCUCUUCGGGUCAACCAUGUGAACGGGUAUGACUUGUACAAGGCGGAGACCUACCCGGCUCUGAAGGCUCUCUUUGAUCAGCACCGCCCCCGCAGGAUUUGGGUCUCUCCAAGGAGCGAUCGAUGGCAACCAUGGGGCCAUCUGUCCCAUGAAAACUGGCAGGCAGGACAGGAUCUGGAAAGUCGCCGACGCCAUGAGCACACCAUGCUUCGCAGGAUGUGUUCUUUUCUUGCCUGGGCGAUGUGUCGCAACUCCCUCCUCGAGAUCUUCUGGGAAUGGCCAGCGGAAAGCCUUGGAUGGAAGGAGCCUGCCUUGCGAGACCUGGAAAAGGCCAUAUGGAGUCGCAACAAGGAUUGGCUUGCAUGCCGUGUUGAUGGUUGCCGUUACGGGGUGCGUGAGGGUGAAAAGGGUGACUUCAUCAAGAAGCGACGGCUGAUUAGAACUACGUGCCCUCGUUUUCACACCCUCUUCAAGACCAAGGUCUGUGUGCAGAAUCAUGCGCAUGUUGAAGUGCCUGUGAUGGAAUCAAAAGGGAGAUUGGAUUAUCCUUGGCGCUUUGCUAAAUCCGUUGCGCAAUCCUGGCGCGACCACCUCUUUCCUCUUCGCCACUUUGGCAUGCCAGCAGAGGCCUACAACUUUGCGGCAGAGGAGAUUGGUGAUGACGAGGUUCCGGAGAUUGAGCCCGAUCCACCGAAUGUCGAUGGGAUCCCGCCGGACCGGUCCGAGCCUACUGACGAGGAGCGGGGCAAUUGGGACCGGAAGUUGAAAAGGUUUCAUUCGGCAGCGGGGCACCCUUCCAACCACCAGCUCGCCCGCAUUGUCAAGGAGGCUGGCAAGCCCAAGUGGAUGGUGGAAGCAGCCAUGAAGUUCUCAUGUCCUCACUGUGAGGCUGUGAGACCUGGAGGUUUGUCUUCUAAGCAGAUCCCGCCACUCUCCACAAGGCCUCUUCCCUGUGCGUGUCAGCAAGUGGUGGCAGAUGUGGGUGAAUGGACAAGUGUGGCCCAGAAGUGCAAGUUGAAGUUUGUGGUGUUCGUGGACGCGGCCACGAAGCUUCGUGUUGCUGAGCCCUUGUUCCGAUUGGGGAUUUCUGAGAUGAGAAGUGAAACUGGCACGCACCUCGUUGAAGCGUUUUCCAAGCGGUGGUUGAGUGACAAGCCCAAACCAGAGAUCCUCAUUCCUGACAAUGCCAGGUCCUUUACCUCCAAGCACUUUCAGGACUUCUGCUCGAGCGUGAACGUAUGGUUGGAUGUGAAAGAGGUGAUGGAGAAGAUUCAACUUGGGGUUCUCAUCAUAUCAGUGGGCCUAUGGCAAGCAGUUCUCCUUUUCACGAUGAGAAAUGAAGCCGAACAGAGGGCAAGGGAGGUGCGAGCUCAGCGUGUGUUGUCCAAGCUCAAGAACUCAAUCACCCGCCAGCCUUUGAGGACCUUCCAGGCCACGGACAUGGUGAAGGUUUGGAGGCGAGCUCUACCGCUGGAAGUUCAUCGUGGACGUCAGGGCGGAUCGAAGAAGGCUGGUCGUUAUCAUUGGAUCGGACCUGGACGUGUUGUUCUACAGGAGACGGUGCCUCAUCAAGCUUCCGACGACCCUCGCCGACACAUCAUAUGGGUCGUCAUCGGUGGCAAGCUCUACCGCUGUGCUGCUCACUCGGUCAGGCCAGUGACAGAGCAAGAGCGAGCUUGGCAUCAUUUGCGGACCGAAGAGAAUCCUACCAAGUGGAGAUCCUUGCAAGAUGUCAUCCCCAGCAAGGAAUACACUGAUCUAUCAGAACAGCUGCCCCCUGGUGACGAUCCUGACGAUCAUCACCCUGAUCUACCUGGAGAGCCAGAUGAGAGCACAUGGAUGCCAUCCAAGCGUCUGCGUCGGAAACAAUCUGAACAACAAGCCGCGGCACCACCACUACCUCCACCUGUGGAGGAGCCGGUUAACGACUACGGCGAGUACAGUCCCAGUGAACCUGGUGAUGAAUUGGGGGUGCCUGGUACCCUCUCUGGUUGGGCUCGAGAGUUCGAUCGUGAUCUUGAGGCCAUGGAUCGCCAAGCCGCGUCCAAGCGAGAAGCUACCAGCUCAACGGCACCACCGAGUGAUUCGAAAAAGGCGCGCACUGAAAGCUUUGAGGAGGAGCUUACUUUGCAUUCAGCUCUCCAGGAGUGCGAGUAUGGCUAUGUCAUGGAGAUUGACCUACAGCUCACGAGCAAUCGCCAGAUGAAGAAAUUCCUACGGUCUCCUUCGGCUUACCUGGUCGGCAAGAUGCGUGACUCUGAAGUUCGAUGGGAGCAGCUGAGCGCGGCGCACAAGAAGUUGUUCAGUCGAGCGAAAACCAAGGAGGUGACCAGUUUCAUUCAGCAGGCCGCCGUGCGAAAGUGUGCUGACUUGUCGGAGGAGAAAGAAGCUCAGGACAGCGGACGUAUCAUGAAAUGUCGUUGGGUCCUGACCUGGAAACCCAUACCGGAGGAAGAACGAGCGGAGGCGGAACAAGAACUCGCCACCAAGGCGGACACCACCAUUGAUGAGACCGCCACUCGCAAAGCCAAGGCGAGAAUCGUUCUUCUGGGUUACCAACAUCCUGACCUCCUUCGUGAAGGGUUCAACUCAAGUGCUCCUGUUCAGUCCGUGUUGACCCGCAACCUCGCCUACCAGAUGACGGUUCAGAACAAUUGGACUUUGGAAGGCCUUGACCUCUCUACUGCGUUCUUGCAGACGGCACCAAAGGAGGAGAUGCGCAUCUGGACCCAAGGUGUUGCAGAAUUGCGGGAGGCCUUGGGCGUGGGAGAUGACAAGCUCCUACGGGUUCUCAAGGACUUCUACGGCUCUACCACAGCCCCGAGGGGCUUGAAUGACAUGGACCGCUUCAAGACCAUCGGAAUGAUGGGAGGUCAUGUGGACGAUUUCAACCGGGCGAGAGAUCUAGAAAAUCCUCGAUGGCUCGAGCUGCGGGAGAAGAUUGACAAGGCCUACAAGCGGGGGACCAUCAAGCGUGGCUCCUACCGCCACGCGGGGACCGACAUUGUCUCCAGCUACCACCCCGACGAUGGCAACGUGAUUGAGAUCAACCAGGACCAGUACAUCGAGGCCAUCGCGGACUUCCCCUUGGCAGCCGCUCCAGGUCGUGUGCUAGAAAGUGCUCUCAGCGACCGAAAAGUCUCUCAGUGCAGAGCCGCUUUGGGCAGUCUGCAAUGGGUGGCAGUUCAGACUCAACCCCUCAUUUGUGCACGCUGCAAUUUGAUUCUAUCUGACCUAGCAAGCCGUCCCACGUUUGCUUUGGCCAAGGAACUUCAGCAGUUGAUUGAGGAGGUUCGAAAUGAACCGAUGCGGCUUCGUUUCAAGCCCAUCAAGGAUGCCAGCCAUUGGCAGGACAUACACAUCGUGACCCUUGGCGAUCAGGCGCACAACAAUCGGCCCAAGGGUGGAUCCACUGGAGGUCUUCUGACUUUCAUCGGAGGACCCUCACACGCAAGCGGUGUGCCUGGCCCUCUUGUACUUCUGGGAUGGAAAACCUGGAAACUCCAACGAGUGGCUAUCGGAUCCACCGACGCUGAGGUGCAAGCAAUGGUUGAGGCCGAGGACCUCAACUUGAAGACACGCCUGAUUUGGGCAGAGCUCAAUGGAGCGACCGUUGAGAAGGGCCACGAUUUUCUCAAAGCUGCAGAAGAAGCAGCUUCACAUGUUCCGGGCAUCCUCGGCACAGAUAGCAAAGGCGGGUAUGACGCAGUUGUUCGGCAUGAAGGGCCAGAUCUUGGACUGUCGAAUGCCAGAGCGGCCAUUCAAGGGCAUCAGCUCAAGGAGGGCAUGAGACGUGUGCGUACCAAGUUGAUCUGGCUUGCAAGCGACUUCAAUCUGUCUGAUGCCUUGACUAAACGUGCCUCAGAGUGUAGGCGCAGCUUUGUACAGUUUCUGCGCACUGGUGUCUGGAUGCUCCGGUUCAACCCUGAUUACGUUGUUUCGGCUAAGAAAGCCAAGAAACAGGGUCUCGAUGCUGUGACACAACUUCGUCAGGCCACACGGAAGGCCCAUCAAGGAUCAAAGAAACUUUUAGGACUGGUGCAACAUUCAUGUGUCCUAGGCUGUACCAUGUGA